CGGAGCCGGAAGCGUGGCGGGGCCGGGCCAGGCCGCGGUGUCCGCUCCGCAGCCCGGCAGCGGGGGCACCGGGACGGGGAGGGGGGCAGGGGCGAUGCGAGAUGGCCGCGGGCACGCGUGGGGAGCCGUGAGGCAAGCCCCGAGCCUCGCGGGGAGGGGCCGCCGGGCUCCACCGAGGGCUGUGUCCGCCCGCAGCUCCGCGGAAGUCUCGGUGCCGGGCUGCCUCGGUGUUUGCCCGGCUGAUUUUAAGGGCUCGCCGCGGAGCUGCCGCCGGGGCGAUGGACGGCAGCGCGGCUGCGGGGCUGGGGGUGCUGCCGGGCUGGGAGAUGGCCGCCUACCUGUGCCUGACGGUCGGCUCCCACUUGUAUUCUUUCUAUGAGGUGCACCGAGUUUCGCACAACUAUGAAGGUGACAUUGACAGAAACUUUGGACUGGAACAAGGGACUCUGUUUUGGGGCCUUAAAAAGGAUCCCCUGGAUUUUGAGUGGAGCUACUGGGUUGAAUGGGGAAGGGAGCGUAUACUGUGGCUUCUGGCUGGUCAUCUGCUGGUAUCACAAAUGUGCAGACUCUUCAUGGAGAAGUAUAAACCAUGGUGCUUGAUGGUGUAUGGAAUGGCUGCCUGCUGGUUUCUAUUAGGAAUCAAGGGCUUUGCGGUCAUCUUGCUAUACGCAACUAUUUCGUUUGCUGUGGCUCAGUUUCAGAUCUCGCUCCUGACAUGGAUGUGCUCUCUUGUCCUGUUAUCCACUUUACACAUACCAGCUGUGGAAGAAGCCAAGAGAAAGUGGUACGACAAUGAAAAUGAGUAUUAUCUGCUGCUCUUCACGGUGUCUGUCCGCUGCCUCUUCUACACGAGUUUCAGCCUGGAAUACUGCUGGCACGAGCCUGCCCAGAAAUCAUCACAUUCGUUCCUGUGGAUGCUGGCAUACGUGUUUUACUAUCCCUUGUUCCACAAUGGACCCCUUAUGAACUUCGAUGAAUUUAGUAAGCAGAUGAGGAAACAAGAAGCCUUCAGUUUGAAGACCAAUGUUGGCAUCUUAAUCGUGGGCAUAAUUCGUAUUUUCUUUUGGUGGUGCUUGGCUGAGCUAAUGAUACACCUCAUGUAUAUCCAUGCUAUCUGCAGCAGUUCCCCACCUUUGGAAGCUGUGUCAUACUGGGCCUUAGGUGGCCUGGCUUUAGCUCAAGUAUUAUUUUUUUAUGUGAAGUACCUGGUUCUGUAUGGUGUUCCUUCCCUCCUCCUUCGAAUGGAUGGACUCAAACCUCCAGCUCUUCCUCGCUGUGUGAGCCUGAUGCACAGUUUCACUAAAAUGUGGAGAAGUUUUGAUGUGGGGCUCCAUCACUUUCUGGUCAGGUACAUUUACGUUCCAAUGGGAGGAUCUCAGUCCAGUCUGCCAGGAAUGAUUUUUUCCACAGUCCUCACUUUUGCCUUUGUAAGCUAUUGGCACGGAGGACAGAGCUAUCUGUGGUACUGGGGAGCGCUUAAUUGUCUUGGAGUAAUUGUGGAAAAUGGCAUCAAGAGGAUACUUUCUGUUUCACUUAUUCGAGACUUAAUUGAGCAUUUCUUCUCGCCAAGAAUUCGUCGUCGACUUCAUGCCAUUCUAGCAUCUGUUUGCACUUCGAUGUUGAUUUUAUCAAACCUAAUAUUUCUUGGGGGAAAUCAUGUUGGAAAAAUCUACUGGAACAGGAUCUUUAUGGAAGGCUGGCCGUGGGCAACACUGACUGUUCUCGGGUUCCUGUACUGCUACGCUCACGUGGGAAUCGAAUGGGAACGCACGUACGCUGUGAACUAGGGGUGACGCUGAGCGACGAGUUUCAUGGCAGCUUACAGGUCGAUGGCUUUCUACACUGGACGUCUUAUCCGCAGAAGAAUGUGCCAGACCAAGUACUUGGUCAAUGCAUUAAAACUAAAAGCUCAUUUAGUUCAUUCCGGAUUGUGAAUUCAGGAAUUUAAGCAGAAACAAUAAUAAUGGGCUAUAGGUAGGGUGGGGAGAAAUUAUGAAGCAUUUUGAAUGAUGUUAUUUUUAUAAAACAGCAAGUCUGUGACUGUACACUGAAAGCGUGCACCUCAGAAUAUGUAUUUCAUAUAUGAUAAAGACUGGUUUUAUUUCUUCCAAUAUCUUGCUGCCUAUUUUGAUGUACCGAAGAAAAUUCUUUUUUCCUACAUUGCACAAUCCAAAAAAACCCUUCCAAUCUCUCUCAGCUUCUGUCCAGGGGCACACAGGGCUGUGCCCUGCACUUACAUUACUUGUGACAGGCAGGAUGCUCAUCAGUUCGUUUUGAUUGCUUUCUGAUUUAAGGUAGAACAUUUUUUGUGUUCUCACUGCUUGCAGUUUUUCAGCCUUAAAGGACUUUCUACUUACUGUAGCAAAGUCUGCUUUUUCUCUUUAAUUCCUUCAUUUAAACACUUCUUUUUUUUUUUUUUGUAGUCUUAAGAGUGUUUGUGUUUGAUCAUUAAAAAAGAGGAAGGCAGUCUUAAAAAAAUAUUAAAUGCUGCACUAGGAGCAGCAUUGCAAGAGCUUUAAAAAUAAAAAAUAAAAUAAAUAAAAGGCAGGGUUGUCUGUUACACUGGCACCAAAUGAGCCAGAGCUUCAUGUCCUUAGCCCGCAGCCAGACCUGUCACAGCAGCAUCUUUGUUAAAACACAGGGUUGCCCAGAGCUGGCAAAGUUCUGCCUGUCUGGUUGCGAGCCUUAAGGUUGCGAGUGCUGGCACGUGCUGCUUUCCAAGGGGAAGGGAGACCCUACCCACCUCUGGUACAAGGGGCAUCUCCCACUCUGUUCCCUGUUAAUCAACCUGAAGGCCUUUAGUUACAUGGCUAGGCUUUCCUUUAGGCACAGCAGAAGACCACCAGCCCUGGAGAAGAGCGCAGCUCCUGCUGAGAGCAGCUCCUGCACCCGUAGCAGCAGGACUCCUCUCCCAACUUGUUCAUGCCCCCGGCAGCCAUCCCAGCCUGCUGGGAAGCACAGAUGAGUGUCCUGCUGUCCUCCUGCAGCUUUGGACAAGUCUGAUCGAGAUCAUCCCUUCAGCAAGAAAUUCAGUCCCUGAGAUAGGCUUCAGCUUGGUGCCUGCAUUUCUGAUGUCUGCUGCUCUGACACCUUUUUCCCCUUCAUUUGUUGCUGCAGAAAUAAGGGCAGAGUCUUCAGCUGACUACCUGUCCAGAGGCCCAGCCCUUCCCUUACUGUUUCCGAGCAGAACCUCCAGCCCUUUAUUUUCAGGGAAGGAUUUUUCCACUGUGCAAAUGCAGUUAUUUCCCUUGGAAGUUAUCUCUAGGAGAUAUGAUGGACUGUUGAAAAUAAGACGCACCAUGCGUGCUGCCUGGCCAGAGACGUGGCCCUCUGGAUUGAUUUAUGGUGAUUACAGGGAUCCUCUCAGCCAGAGAAGUAUUUUGCUCUCAGCCUGCAAAUUUUCUAAAAAGAUGUGAAAUUGGCCUCAGCUCUGGAGUAGCACUGAGCUAAGGGCAAGAACCUCCUGAAACUUAACUCAGACUUUGUAAUUAAGUGGAAUUAGCAUUGGAGUGAAAAGUCAUGAGUCUGUUCCUCAGUCUGAUCAAUUACCAUUACUGCAUGACAUGAGUGGCUACUGAGUGAUGGGAUUCCAAUUUGUAUGCAUGCAAAAUGCCCUGCUCUAAUAUGGCAAUGACCCUGAAGGUCAGCUAGAUUAUGCUUCUUUCUAAAACAAAAUUGUUUUUUUUAUAUGUAUUUUUUCAGUGCUUUAUACAUCUUCCCUAAUUUUGUAUCCUUUUCUGUUUCAAAAAAUAAAGCUUAAACUGACAGUUGUUUUGA